UUUAAUACUAUAAUUCACAAAAUCGUUCAGUUCAGUUCGCGCUGGUGAACGCAACGGAAAAGUCAUACUCGUCGCCUGUUGAUUUUCUUCUAAUUACUACGCGGCUCGUAUUUAAUUCUUUUUUUUUUCGGUUAUUGUUUUUAUUUUUUAACUUUAAAACAUAAGCAAUGUGAAGAAUAAAAAUUAAAGCAAAUUGAACAAAACAAGAACAACUAGAAGGCGACAAAGUAACAACAAGUGCAGGAGAGCCGGCCAGAAGAAAGUAUUUAAACCAAAAAUAAAGCUUGCCGCCCGCCAACACAUCGCCAUCCCAGUGAUGCAACUACUCUGAGACUCUGCCACCCCUCCGCCCUCCACGUCAAAGAAACAAUCCUUAAGAUCCUUAAUCCAAGAUGACCGAUAACCGGAGUCCCUACAACAACAACAUUAGCAUCAAUAACAAUAACAACAGUCACAACAAUGAGCUAUCCAGACUGAGGUUGCCCGAGGAGAAGGCGGCAUCGGAGCAACUGCUGCCCAAGAAUGGAGCCAACGAUGCCAAGAUCCAACCACCCGCCCUCCAAUUCUAUGCCCAGAAGCCCGUAGAACCAACCGCCCCGCCCGCGGAGGAGCCCAAGAAGAAAAAGAGGCGGGACAAGAGCGAUCUGGGCGAGGACUUUGUGGCGCCCGACGGAGGAUGGGGCUGGCUGGUGGCCGUGGCCAGUGGUCUGAACAUUCUGGUGACAUUCGCUUUGGCUCAACAGUUUGGCCUUCUGUUCCGGGACCGAAUGACGGGUCUGGGCAUUACCAGUUCCCAACUGACCACCAUAAUCAACACACAGAUAGCUGUCUCUGCAUUUACGGGCCUCCUCAAUGGGCCUCUCUUCCGACGCUACACCUACCGCGUGGUGGCCCUCUGGGGCUCCGUCCUCACCUUCGUUGGCCUCUUCUGGAUGGUCUUCGCCGCCUCCUUCACCGUCUACCUGCUCAGCUUCUCGAUCAUCUACGGCUUCGGCCGUGGCCUGACGGUCUCGGCCUCCUCGCUGGCGGUCAACACCUACUUCAAGGUGAAGCGCCGGACGGCCACCGCCUACCAGUUCGGAGUGGCCGGCCUGGGACCGAUAGUGUCGCCCUACUUCGCGACCCACAUGCUGAAGGUGUUCGGCGUCCAGGGCACAGUCCUGCUCUUCGCAGGCGCCUCCCUGCACACGAUUGCCUGCUCCCUGAUCUACCAGCCGGUGAAGUGGCACGUGGUGAAGCGGGAUCGGGAUGCGGAGGCCCUGCAGCCGGCCAAGCUGCAGUCGGAGAAGGAGAGGGAGGACCAGGACGAGGACAUCAUCAAGAACGUGGUGGAGCCGGAGACGCCGGUCCUACCGCGCGCCAACGACGGCUGGUUCGGUUCGAGGGCCUCCCUGAACAGUGCCGGGACCCGGAAUCGGGUCAACACCUGGGACAAGUCGGACGCCGGCAACGGGCACAUCGAACUGAAGCGGAUGACCAGCAAGGACUCGUCGGGACCGGGGGCGGGGCGCCAGCAGAGGAGCAUCUCGGUGAGCCACAGCAUCAAGGAGGAGGAGGCCCUGGGCUAUGAGUCCGACCUGGAGACGGAGCCCAGCAAGCUGACGGAGAAGCAGAAGCAGGAGCUGGAGGACGAGGAGGAGCGACAGCGGCGGAAGAAGCUGCCCUUCUACAUGAAGGUGGUCAUAUUCUUUGACCUGGACCUGCUCCGGGACAUCACCUACGUGAACCUGGCCGUGGGCAUCACCCUAAUAAACUUUGUGGAGAUUAACUUCGCUAUCCUAACGCCGUUCAUACUGUGGGACCUGGGCUUCAAGAACAACGAGAUUGCUCUGGCCAUGUCCACGCUGGGCUUCUUCGAUCUGGUGGUGCGCUUCCUCAUCCCGCUGAUCACCGCCAAGAUCAACCUGAGCAACCGCACCUUCUUCGUGGUGGGCAUUCUGGGCAUGUGCAUCGGCCGGAUGCUCCUCUCGAUGACCACCAACUUCUACGCCAUGGUCGGCAUCUUCCUCUGGCUGGGCCUCAACAAGGCCUUCCGCACCGUCUUCUGGUCCCUGAUCAUUCCCAGCUAUGUGCCGCUGAAGCGCCUGCCGGCGGCAGCGGGUCUCCAGCUCCUCAUGUCCGGCACCUUCUCGAUGGUAUUCGGACCUCUGAUUGGCCUGGUGAAGGAUCAAACCAGCUACGCGGUGACCCUUAACAUCCUGAACGCCCUCUGUAUCCUUGCCUUUGCCGGCUGGUACCUGGAGGACUUCAUCCGGGCUCGCCUCCGAAAGUCACCUCCCGUCGGGGACUUGAACUAAUUCCACUGGUUGGCCCACCGAACUAGUCUCGUACUCAGUGCCUUUGGUUCCAAGACAACACAAAAAAAAACACAUCCUAACCUUAGCAAAUUGUUCUUGUUAUCGCAUAUUUUUUUCCCAGUGUCUUUUUUUUUUUACUCUGUAUGUUUACUGCGUGUACAUUGUGUAUAUACUAUUUUUUUGAGUGUAGCCAAUUAUUUGUAUUAAAUAUUAUUCAUAAUUGUUACAAAAAUAAACAAUUAUAUUUUAGAUUUUUAAUUCCGAG